AGCUGCGUUCUGCUGCUCCUGCUAUGGUCUUUCUCUUUCACGUCUCUUGCUUCUGAUUCAGUGACUGAAACCCCGAAAUGGGUUACCUGAGCAAAACUUCAAGGACUCUAAGGCAAUCAAAUUACCUCUCUUUAUUACGAAAUUCAACCUUUUUCCCAUUCAACUCAUUAAGCAGCACCACCUUUCAUCACCAACAGCGUGCACUCUUGUGUUCUCAGUCGCGGCAACAGAACAUUAAGGAUAAGAGCGCCAUAGAUUUGAGCCAGUACCCUCCUGAACUCAUUCGAAAUUUCUCAAUCAUUGCGCAUGUUGAUCAUGGCAAGUCUACCCUCGCUGAUCGACUCCUUGAACUCACUGCUACCAUUAAAAAGGGACAUGGCCAGCCCCAAUAUCUUGAUAAGUUGCAGGUGGAGAGAGAAAGGGGAAUCACAGUUAAAGCACAGACAGCAACAAUGUUCUAUAAGCACAGGACAAAUGGUGAUGAUCAUAGUGACGGAAAGGAUUCACCUAGUUUUUUGCUGAAUCUUAUUGACACUCCCGGUCAUGUGGAUUUUAGCUAUGAGGUGUCAAGGUCACUAGCAGCUUGUCAAGGCGUACUUUUGGUUGUUGAUGCCGCGCAAGGAGUCCAAGCGCAAACUGUUGCUAAUUUCUACCUUGCUUUUGAGGCCAACCUGACAAUUGUACCUGUAAUAAACAAGAUUGACCAGCCAACUGCUGAUCCUGAUCGCGUUAAAGCCCAAUUGAAAUCAAUGUUUGAUCUUGACCCUAGUGAUGCAUUGCUAACAUCUGCUAAAACUGGAAAGGGUCUUGAACAAGUCCUUCCAGCUGUUAUAGAGCGCAUCCCUCCUCCUCAUGGUAUACUACGCAAGGGGGAUAAGAUUUCAUCUGCUGCUACUGGUCAGUCAUAUGAAGCUUUGGAUAUUGGUAUCAUGCAUCCUGAGCUUACACCUACUGGAAUCUUGCUUACUGGUCAAGUUGGUUAUGUUGUAAGUGGCAUGCGUUCAACAAAAGAAGCCCGUGUUGGAGAUACAAUUUACCAUACUCGAAACACUGUAGAGCCUCUCCCAGGAUUUAAACCAGCAAAACAUAUGGUUUUCUCUGGUCUUUAUCCAGCAGAUGGAUCUGAUUUUGAAGCACUCAACCAUGCAAUAGAGAGGCUGACAUGUAAUGAUGCCAGUGUCUCUAUUACUAAAGAAACUAGCACAGCUCUAGGUUUGGGUUUCAGGUGUGGAUUUCUGGGUUUACUUCACAUGGAUGUUUUUCAUCAACGGCUUGAACAGGAGUAUGGAGCUCAUGUUAUCUCAACUGUUCCUACUGUGCCUUAUAUAUUUGAAUAUUCUGAUGGAAGCAAAUUAGAAGUUCAGAAUCCUGCUACGUUACCCUCUAAUCCCAAGCAACGAGUGACAGCAUGUUGGGAACCUACAGUAUUAGCUACUAUAAUCAUUCCUAGUGAGUAUGUGGGACCAGUUAUCACCCUUUGCUCGGAGCGUAGGGGUCAGCAGUUGGAGUACUCAUUCAUUGACAGUCAACGGGCAUUCAUGAAGUAUCGCAUGCCUUUGAGAGAAAUUGUUGUCGACUUCUAUAAUGAAUUGAAGAGCAUAACAUCAGGCUAUGCAUCAUUUGAUUAUGAGGAUGCAGAUUAUCAGCAAUCUGAUCUGGUGAAACUCGAUAUCCUCUUAAAUGGACAACCUGUUGAUGCAAUGUCAACUAUUGUUCAUAACAUGAAAGCAUAUCGCGUUGGGCGUGAGCUAGUAGAGAAAUUGAAGAAAGUCAUAGACAGGCAAAUGUUUGAGAUAACGAUACAAGCUGCCAUUGCUUCAAAGAUUAUAGCAAGAGAGACGAUUUCUGCGAUGAGGAAGAAUGUUCUUGCAAAGUGUUACGGUGGCGAUGUUACUCGAAAGCGAAAGCUGUUGGAAAAGCAAAAGGAAGGAAAGAAGCGAAUGAAACGCAUUGGCUCCGUUGAUAUACCGCAGGAAGCAUUCCAUGAAUUAUUGAAGGUUUCAUAGUAGACGUGUUGGAAGAUGGUUGCUUAUUCAAUAGUGGAUUUAUAAUAUGCUGGCUUCACAAAUUCGAUGCUAAGGAUAGUGCUAGGGACAGAGAUGAUAAAGGCAAUUUACGUGGAAUGGCUCCUUUGUAGCUUCUAGCUUUUCUAAUUGGAGGUUUCUUCAAGGUUUUGUAACACUUUUAGCUAUUAUUUUGUUGUUGAUAUACAUGUUACGUGCUCAACAAGCAUCAAUUUCUUGUUAACAUUGUCUAAUGUCUAUUACUCAAGUCCAAGGAUAAAAGGAUAGAAAUUUACAAGUUAACAAUAAAUAAUGAGUUUCGUGUAUAUUUUAAUGAUAAUCUUAUCAUUGAUUUUUUCAUUGUAA